AUGGCGCUCUCCGUCACCCUCUCGGCCUCAGCGGUCGCCACCACAACCGGUGGCCGCUUCAACGUCAAGCGCACCUCUCCAGGAAGGCGCGCCGCCCGUCCCGCCGCGCGCGGGCUGGUCGUCCGCGUCGCGGCCGACUCCGAUUACGACGCCGUGGUAAUAGGCGCGGGCGUGUCCGGCCUGUCCACCGCGUUCACGCUCGGCAGGUCCUCGCCCGGCGUUCGAAUGCUGGUCACCGAGGCCAGGGACCGCGUGGGAGGUAACAUCACCACGAAGAACGAGAACGGGUACAUCUGGGAGGAGGGUCCCAACUCUUACCAGCCCGGCGACGCGAUCCUCACCGUGGCGUGCGACGCGGGCAUGAGGGACGACAUCCUCCUCGCCGAUCCCAACUCGGACCGCUACGUCCUCUGGGACAAGGAGCUCCGGGCGCUCCCCAAGGACAUUCCCACCGCGGUCCUCGGCACCUUCCUCACCUGGCCGGGCAAGAUCCGCGCGGGCCUCGGCGCGAUCGGCAUCCGGCCCCCGCCCCCGGGCAAGGAGGAAUCCGUCAAGGAAUUCGUCUCGCGAAACCUCGGCACGGAGGCUUUCGAGAGGCUCAUCGAGCCCUUCUGCUCCGGCGUCUACGCGGGCGACCCCGCGGCGCUCUCGUCCGUCGCGGCCACCGGCAGGGUCCAGCGCCUGGAACCCCUCGGCGGCUCCCUCGUCUUCGGCGCCCUCAAGGCGCAGAAGGAGGCAUACGACGCCAAGAAAGCCCGGGGGCCUCGAGAUCCGCGACUGCCAAAGGUGGAGGGCCAGACGGUGGGAUCCUUCCGCGGGGGGCUGAAGACGUUCCCCGAGGGCCUCGCCAAGGCGCUCGGCUCGGAGAAGGUCAAGCUCGAGUGGAAGGUGACGAAGAUCGCCAAGCGGGACGACGGUUCGUUCGCCAUCACCUACGACACCCCCGACGGGGAAAAGCAAAUCACCACAGCCACCGUGGUGAUGACCGCGCCGGCUUACGUCACCGCCGAUACCGUGCAGGACAUGGCGCCCGACGCCGCCGCCGCGCUCCGAAAGUUCUACUAUCCGCCCGUCGCGUCCGUGACCGUCUCCUACCCCGAGGAUUCCUUCCGUUUGGACGGAACCUCCGCGCUUCCCGGAGGCGGUCUCACCGGGUUUGGGCAGCUUCACCCGCGGUCGCAGGGCAUCCGCACGCUCGGCACCAUCUACUCGUCCUACCUGUUCAAGGACGAUAAGCGCCAGCCGGAGGGUGAGUUCAUGAUACUCAACUACAUCGGCGGCGCGAGGGACACCGGCAUCACGCAGCUGUCCGACGAGGAGCUCGUCAAGGCGGUGCACGAGGACGCGCUCAAGACGAUCCUCAAGCCCGGCACCCCUCUGCCCAAGGUUGUGGGCGUCAAGGUGUGGGAGAAGGCCAUCCCCCAGUUCAACCUCGGGCACCUGGACGUGCUGGCGGAGGCCAAGGCGGGCUUGGCAAAGGCGGGGUGCGACGGGCUGUUCCUGGGCGGUAACUACACCGCGGGUGUCGCGCUGGGACGGUGCGUGGAGUUUGGCGUCGAGCAGGCGAAGGACCUCGAAACGUACCUUUCCAAACAGUCCGCAAAGAAGGGCGCCUCGGUGCCCGCGCGCUAAGUAAGUAAGAAGCGGCUUUUCAGGCGUCGAGACGAGACGGGACGGUCGGACGAGACGGGACGGUCGGACGAGACGGGACGGUCGAGGUAGCCGCGCUUCGUGAUGAGUAAAGACGAUUGACUGACGACGCGAGGCGACAUCACCCGCGGUCGAACCC